UGAAGGGAGGCAGCGUGGCCGAGUGGUCAGCGCGUCGGACUCGCAAUCCGGCGGUCCCGGGUUCAAGUCCCGCUCUGACCACUUGCUGGAUUUGUUCUCGGUCGGCCCGAGCUCAAAUCCUCGGUCAUACUUGUAAAUAGCCAACUGGUUGGCUCCUGCCAGUUGCGGUUUUAAAUCCUGCUAUGCUGUAUUUGAACUAUUUGUUUUCUAAGUAUUUACUGAUUGUAAAGCUCUUUGGAUCACUAAGAGAAAGGAGCUAUGUAAGUGUAUAUUAUUAUUAUUAUUAUUACUUGGUUAAGUCACAUGUUCCAGUGCCAGUGGUAGUGUUCUGGUGUCAUACAAAAUUCUUCAAAGCUUGAUAAAAUUUAUCCUCUUUUUUUAGGUUCUGGUGGAGUACUUCAACCUGUAGGUAUGAUCUUGGUAUUUUCAAGCUCUCUAUUCCGAAGAGCUCUGUUUCGUUUAGCUCGUGGAAAUAAGUAUUUUAAAAAUCGUAUUCUCUGCAUGCUGCAGCGUUGUCUUUUCUUUUCAAAAAACCCUUAGUUCCAUGUUGUCAGGCUCCUCAGGCUAAAAACGUACCUAGAUCUCUCACUCUAUAGAUCUUACGCUGGGAGAUCUGGGUUCAAGAUCCCUGUCCCGAAGUAUUUGGAAACCGACACGAAAUAUACUCACUGCUAGUUAAACAUAGUUUGAGUCUUCAAAAUAGGUGGAGCAUGAUCGUCCAGGUGAGCGUAGUCCUGAAUAGGACUGUUGUUGACAGUGACUGACAUGACUCAGAAGAUGACUAAAGCACAGGUUGUUGAAAAGUCAGUCACCAUCAACAACAGUCCUUUUCAGGACCACGCUCAACCGGACGAUCAUUCUCCAUCUACCUUUGAAAUGACCCUUGGGUUCAAACCUUGUACAGUUUAUAGCUGGAGGCUAGGAUCCAAUUUUACGCGCACAGGUUACCGGAAUCACAAGACUUCUAGUUGUUUCGCUCGUGCUUAUGCUUGGGGGAUACGGUUACAUUAGCAUUUUCUAUUGCAACAUAAUCUCACCCCCUACCCCGACUCUUAUAUAGCCUGCAGGGCGUGUCUCCUUCUCGCGCGCCCGUUUUUUCUUGUGCCACUACUUCCAAGCGCCUGCUACGCAGGCUAACUCUUAUAUAGCCUAUGUCAUCCAGAUUCACUUAAAUUUCGGUUAAAAUAAUCAGUGUAUAAUUGGGAAAGGCGACGUGCAAGCAAAACAGCCAAAAAAUUUGUAUUCAUUUUGGUACCUUCUUUCUUGCAGCGGCAAAUAGGCUGCCAUCAGGGAAAAGGCUAAAACGUGAGUAGAUUUAUGUAGCAUUGUUUUAGGUGUGCGUUUGCAAAGUGUCCAAAUUUCCGCGAAUUUCCUUCUAAGGAACUGUCGUGGUAUCCGUCAGGGGAUGAAAUGAAACUCAGUCUCUGGGAGAUAUGGGGUAGAAUGUGCGCAAAAUGAUGAAGUGCUAGCUAGGAUGUUGAAACUACUGCUGAAAAUGCGUUCAGAUAAAGCUUUCAUCUUAAUUUGCGGCUAUUGAAUCAAUGUUGAAUCAAUCUUAAAAUUCUUGAGCCUUUAGCGCUCCAAUUUUGAAUCUUUGACAAAUAAUUACUGUCUUGCCUGGCUGUAAAGAAUAUUCUUUAUGACUUCAUGUAUGUACGCAAGGCGGUGUAGAUUUGUUAAUUUUGAAUUUCCUUGACUGAACCGAUCUCAUUUUUUUUUUACAGAAUGCUUGCAGCCUCUCGGAAUGGAGAGCAAAUACAUACCGGACUCUCAGAUCACAGCCUCGUCUGAGUGGAACAGUAAUCACGGCCCUUCAAAUGCCAGACUGAACUUUCAGGCUGGAGGGGGAAGAACUGGUGCAUGGUCUUCUAAAACUAAUGACGUUAAUCAGUGGCUGCAGGUGGAUCUCGGACAGAAAACAAGGGUGACGGGAAUAAGGACUCAGGGACGAUCAGACUUUGACCAGUGGGUUACAAGCUUUACUGUUUCCUACAGUGACGACGGCGUAAACUUCACACCCUAUAACCCAAACACGGUAUGGAAUGAUUGUAUUCCAGUGCUGAUAUCUUUUGCGAAAAUCACAACAACGUUUUACACAUCAGUUUUUACUCAUUGUACUUAUCCUGACCCAGGCAAAUAGUAAUUGUGAUUCCAAGAGACAAACUUGCCUGAUGUAUUGUUGAUCGUGAAAAUUGUUUAUCUUUUUCAAUUGUAGGACUUCAGUGGAAAUAGCGACCGUAACACCGUUGUGACAAACCGUUUUAGACCAUCCAUCCUUGCUCGCUACGUUCGUGUUCAUCCUAAAACAUGGUACGGACACAUCUCUAUGAGGAUAGAGCUCUUGGGUUGCGCAUCAGGUAAUGCCAACUGGUACAACGGGAAUGCAGUCGUUUCUUCCGGAAGCAGCAACCUCCCAAUAUACUAAGACUUGGUAGUCGCUAAAAGGAGGUUCUUGCACCUCACGGGCUUGUUUUGAUUAAAUGACAAUUGGCGACAGAAUUGUUGAGACAUUGUCCUCAAAUGGAAUAACUCCUGAGAACAAAACAAUCCAAACCUCCCCCUCUCCUCCAUUCAAAGGUAGGUGUUUGAUGUUUUCUACAGGAAGCUCGAAUAGCGGCACAACAUUGAAUGGAGGGGAUGGGGGAGGGAAAGCUUUCUUUUGCCUGUUUUAAGAUAGCAAAACGUUAGAAUGGCUAGGGCGAAAUGUUUCAACCUAUUUUGUCGCCGACAAUUGUAGUUUGUUAUGAGUUUAGUUUGGAGACAUACUGAGCUUCACUUUGACUCAUAUAUUAAACAGCAUCAACUGAAUGAUGUAUUUCGUCACGCCGAAAUACUUGUCUCUGGUCACAUAAUUAGUUACCAAUGGUUUCUGUUGACACGUUGAACUUUCAGGAUCUUAAUAUUGUAAAUUUAGUUAAGCCGGUUUCCGCUAUCAUUUUGUUUUUCGCGUUAAAUCUCUCCAGCCAAAGAUAGUUUAGUCAUUCUGGCACCUGAUAAAACUUCAGGAGUUCUCAUGUUCUGUCUAGUAGAACCUCACUAUCUCUGACCAUUAAUUCCUUAUCGCAUGUUCUGUCAAAGGACUACUGAUAUUUUUCGUCCAUCCCGUAUUAUCGUGCUCAUUUUUUGCUUGCGGGAGCGGGACGACUGUCAUUGCGGCGAAGGAUACUAAGUGAAUAGAUUUAUGCGAAUUCACAGCUACUUGGAAAUUGUAUGACUUGUUGAUCUCCAUACUUCGUUCAUGAUGGCCAAAAUCAUUCUUUUGCACUGACGAAUCACCGUAAGUGAAAGCCCUUGAUCUGGCACUCUUUUAGUUGGCCUCAAAGUUUUGCGAAGGUGUUCCAACGUUGCAUUAAUGAGCUUCUACAGAAAUUGCUUUAGUGCAAAUAGUUUAACACUAACAUAUAAAAUGCUAAUAUCUCCUAUUUCUAGGAUAUUAUACUGUCGGAUGUUUUAAAGAUAGCCCCGAUCGCGCGAUUCCAACAAUGGAAGGAAAAGAUCCUAUUCUGGAUGGAAAGUACCCUGUACGUAAGAAUCCCAUUGUAAAGUGUGCCAAGGCAGCUUGGAGGGCAGGCUAUAAAAUGUUCGCAGUUCAGGAUGGUGGAUGGUGUGCAGCCAGUGCUACUGCACCACAGACCUAUAACAAACAUGGCAGAUCUGCUGCUUGUAAACCUGAUGGCGAGGGUGGACCUUGGGCUAAUCAAGUUUACUCUUUUAGAAGUAAGAUGUUUGAUUCCCGAGUACCGUUAAAUUUGCCGGCUCCAAAUCAAGUUAUUUUACAUGAUGUUUUCUUCUAGCAGGGAGUUUAUGAUUAAUGCCUCCAAAUCAGAUUUGUGAAAACCUGAAUGCAGCUCCGAUUGUUUGAGGUGGUCAUGCAAAAAUAUUCGGGAGGAAGGAAUAAAAAAUUCCGUAUUGUUCGGCUGUUGUUAAUUCAACCCGACGCUUUAACUCUAUAAAGAGGUUUAAAGACUAUAUACCAGAUUUGAUUUUAACAAUAUUUAGUGUUAUCUUUAAUCCUGAAUUCGUAGACAAAAUUGCCUAGUUGGAGGGAAAUAACUAAAAUUGCUGAACUGUUUUUAAUUUAAAAAAUUCCAAACCUGAAUGUCGCUUUCUCUUCCUGGUAGACCUUUGCUUGCCCUCUUUUACCCAGUCAUCCUAAAUUCAUUCCAGGACUCGUUGACUUCUUUGCCGUAUGUUGAAGAGUUUGUGGCUCAAAGCUGUACUACCUAAGUCGCCCAGAUUUUCCUCUGUAAAUUAUCGUCAAUCGCGAUCCUCUGUCUGGAAAUGACAACUCAGCAGUUUCUGGCUCCUCCUCUUGGACGUUUCCAGAUAGCUUUCCGAAUGUUAAGCUCAAAUACCGCUCAAAAGCUUCUUUGUGUAUAAAACCUUGUGAUUUUUCGUCACUCGACGUUCUUGUUUCAAGCAUGACUUCAGACAACUUAUUCGAAAUGCGACUUUGAAAUCUUUGCAUAUAAAUAACUCACUGAAAGCUAUUUGGAGCUUUGUUUAUACCACCAAUAUCACAAUGGAAUGUAGAAAUACAAAAGAAGGUGAAAGGUAGACGCGCUUUUCUUUAUUUCAUUUUUGGAUCCCUUAGAAUCCCGGCCAUUGAAGGUUGAAGGUAAAGAUAAGGCGUUUAUCGCCUUUUAGCUCGUAGUUAUUUGAUAUAUCCACCUCGGGCUGCGGCCUCGGUCGAUAUAUCACAUCACCCCUCGCUUCAAGCUGAUAACCCUCACUUAUAGACCUAUUUCAUAAUGGCAGCCUGGUAAUAUAUUUUUUUAAAUGUAUGACAAUUCUCCUUCCUGACCUCGCUGGGCCGCCAUUAUGAAAGAAGUCACUAUAUUUGUGUUCUACCGAGGAGUAGUAAGACCAAGCGGGUUAACACCACGAACGUCGGAUAUGAAGGGCCCGAAGGCUCAAGUCUUGCAUUCGCGUUUCCUCAGAAAAACAGAAUUUCUCUUCCUCUUUGUGUCUCUUCAAGGUGUCUAAAUAUGUACUGGUGACAUGCUGUUAGAGACAACCCUGCUGAAGUUUAAAAAAAAAAAACGGUUCUGUAGUCGAAGGCGCCAGCAGAUUCCCACCUACAAUAAUUGAAAAAUCGAAUUUGAGUGUUUUUAUCACGGUUAAGACGAAACCAGGAAACCCAUACCAUUACUUUCCAGGAAAAGGUAGAUUUUCUGCGGAUGCAGUUGGCGAAGACAGUGAGGAAAUUAUUGGGGAAGACGAAAUGAAGGAACAGCUAGAUUCUGAUCUCAGUGAGCAGACAGUUUACGAAGCCGCCAAUGAAGGAGUUUUAGAUGAGUUUCAAAAUGACGAGGAGCAGGCGCUAAAUGCAACAAGGCAGGGUGAAUAUGAAAACCAAAGCGAUUCUGUAGGAGCUGAAUUUGACCGGCAGAUGACUGAAGCGGCGUAUAACAUUGCUGGGAAUAGUGAUGCUGAACUGGAACAAAAGACUACAAAGAUUUUUGAUAAUACUGGUAUGACCGAUGACAUAAAUAAUCAGAGUACAAAUUUAGCUUAUAAACAGAAUGUGCCAGGGAUGUCACUGGCGAGAGGAAAAGAACCUUUGAAGAAUGAUUCCCAAAAAGAAUACAGAGGUAUGGGAAUAAAGGCAUCAGUUCCUAACACUGGAAAUAGAAAUCCUGUUCUUGGAAUGGAAGGAACAACAGCCUCUGACGAGCAGAGAACAGCUGCGAUGGAGCAGAUGGAAGAGCCGGGAACCUUGACUGACGAAGAACCGUUCUCCCAACUUUAA